CAGAGCGACCGUCGGUGGACAUACACUAGACACAGAGCAACAGGAUGGGCAAGGUACAGUACUUGACGUUAUUGGUCUGCUUGACGACUGGAACUGCUACAGCACAGUAUCGAUAUGACCGACCCUCUAAGCCGUUUAGGCCUUCGGUCAGCGUAAUUUCUCCGCCCUCUACAGACUUCGGGAUUCCUUCAAGACCUUCCACAGUCUACGGAGUUCCUUCCAGACCCUCCACAGACUACGGGGUUCCCUCAAGACCCUCCACAGACUACGGGGUUCCUUCUAGACCCUCCACAGACUACGGGGUUCCUUCAAGACCUUCCAGACCUACAUCAUCACACUCGUUUCAAGGAGGAAAUGACUAUUACUAUGAUGAGCCCGCGAAUUACCAGUUCAAGUACGACGUGGACGCGCCCGACUACGGGACGUUCUUCGGCCACCAGGAGUCACGUCAGGGGGACGUGGCCCGCGGGGAGUACUACGCGCUGCUGCCUGACGGACGCACACAGCACGUCACUUACGUGGCCGAUAGGGACGGCUAUAGACCCACCAUCACCUACGAGGGGGGCGGGGGAGGAAACUUUGGACGAUACUGAUAAGGACAGAUAGGUGGAUGUGUCACUCAGACUGUUGUACAUAGCUUUAUAAUAGUAAUGGGUAAUAUUACGUAUAUUUCAUAUUGAAUGUAAAACCUUAUUAUGGACUCUUUAGGAACAAAUUUUUAUCACUUUCAUCAUUACUAUUUUGUAAAGGAGUGGCUGAUCUCCGUCUUAACCUUUAUGUAAGUAUCUGUUCGAUUACAGGUACUCAUAAAUACCGUCCAUUAUUCCAAUACCAUGUAAGUUGAUUUCUUUAUAAUAUAAUAUUUAAAAAAGGUUUAAUUUCAGUACUACAGUACUGUACUAUUUGACAAAACGUUUUAAUUCUUUAAACUAGAACCCCCUUUAAAGAUAGUUUAGCAUAAAUAACAAUGGUUAAUAAAACAAUUUCAUUCUACUAAUAAAAUAAUCAAAUGUAAUUUUAUUAACAGACUUCUAAUCACUAGAUGAUUUACUUAUAGCUUGCUAAGGACGAACCUACAUGGGAUACAGUAAAAUCGAUGUGUCACUUCUAUCUUGGCAACCCCUUGGAUGUCCAUAACGUAUUAACAAAUUUCGAUACCUUAGGGUAAAAGGGUCAAUCAAUAGAUACAGCCUACUGCGGAGGUUGACUGAGAAAAGCCCAAAGCAGCUUUAAAGGCUGUCGCUAACGUGUCCUUUACCCCUGUUACUGAAGGAGGCUCGAAUGACUCCUGUUCUGCCAAGGUGACAUGCCUGAGAUUUAGAGCCCUCUAUCCUUCCUCAAGGGAUCUCUACAGGAGGCGGCCCUAACAUUAACUAUACCCAUCCUGAAAAUCCUAUCACUCCGGAAGUAAGUGCAACGUGGUAUACAUUAAUAUUUAUUUUCAUUAAUGUAAUCCUGCUUUCACAUAAGUAUUACUCGUGAUAAAAAUAAGGUUUCACUGAUUAAUAAAAGCUACUUUAGAACAGUUAGUAAUAAUUAUUUAAUUUUAAUUUUUACUUUUGAUAUGAACUUAAAGCUUCACCUACCGAGUAAUAAAUGUACUCAUUUUAUUUUUUAGACUUAUAAUUAUUAAAAUUACAUUACUUAGUUAAGAUGUUAGAGAACAUAUAUCUUAGUGUAUAGAGUAGGUAUAAGUCCUUGCCAAACUAUCUUAUUUUUAUCAAUAAUGCAAAUGAGGGACAUUUUGUCAGUAGGAAUCUAAUGUAAGUUUAUAGGUUUGUAGAUCAAAAAUAAGAUUUAUUUUAUUAUUGCAAAGCAUAAUGUUGUAUAUGAUACAAUGUUUGAUUUAUAUAAAAUACAGUAAAAUAAUAUAU